GGCUCAGUCGCAGGCCAGCUUUUGUGGCAUCCACACAAGCCCCCAAGCCAGGGAGGGCUUCAGUCUGCCAGUCGAGUCUACAGAACGCAAGUAAACAAUGCCCAUCCCCAAAUCCAGAGGCAUAGUGUAAAUCGAGCGAAUUUUCAGAGCCCCCGAGGUAAACGAUUUUGUUUUAUCGCCAGUCGGGGAAUUGUGUUCAAAAGCACGUAGGAAUCAUAACUAUCGAGGGGAUUGAAGUGCUAAAAAUUUUAACUGGUCAUCAUGGAGAAAUCGUUCGCCAUAACGCCCUGGAAGUACGGCCUGCUGGCCACUUGCAUUCUUAUUGUGACAUGUAAUGUGUUCUUCUUUUCUUGCGGCGUGGUGACCUGGGGCUCGGCGGUCUCCACCUAUGGCAGCUAUGGUUCAGCCCUUUGCGGGGUGGCAGUCUUCGGAGUCUCAUUUCUGGGCAUGUAUGUGGCCCUCAAGGAGUCCUACAAGUAUUCCAUAUAUUACUUGAUUUUCGGCGGUCUUGUAAUAGCCGCGCUGGGCUCAUACCUUUUCACCUUCACGGCGAUGCGGGAGGAGCUGAUGGGAAGGUUUGCGGAGCGCAUGCGCGACCUGUUUGAGCAGAAGACGCACAGCGACGACAAGAUGCAGCCGGUGCACAGCCUCUUCGGCUGCUGCGGACUGGAGGGACCGCAGGACUAUCUGAAUGAGGAGCAAGGGGCCCUGCCCAGCAGCUGCUGCUACGCGUUCGACUGCUCCAAGCCGGCCCACAUCUACGAGGAGGGCUGCUCCACCAAGGCAACCGCCAAUCUGAGGAUGCAGGCCGAACUCAACUACUACAGUUGCAUGGCCAUCAUUGGCCUCGAGUUCUUGGGCUUGUUCACUGCUUACUAUUUGGGCAAGGCUCGCAAGUAUGCCAAAACCAAGAUAAAGGACGAGGAAACCCCCAUCAACGACUGAUGGCCGAGGACACCCCAGCAUAAAUAUUGAUAAUAAAAGUUAACCAAAUUAGCUGAUUGCCAUUAGUGAAUAAAUACUUUCCAUAGUCUAAACGA